GCUGCUGGUCCGCAGUAUGCCAGUGACUUCCAGUUUGCGGUUUGCAAGUCCACAGCUGCUUCCAGUCAGGCAGCCAGCCCUCCUGCGGACCGGCAGCCAGCCCUUCACGGCCAGGGGGUUGGGAAUCCCUGAUGUAUAGGGACCAACUCAAAUUAUGAUAUCGUGUUUUUUGCAGAAACUAUGAUUUGAGGUGUUUUCUGCAGAAAGCAGAGUUCCUUGUGAUUUUUGGCAGAAUUGCCAGGGGAAGAAAAAACUUACUGACAAUAAAACACUGGCUUCCUAGCAUGAGCCAGUACUCAUGGCUGCUGGCACACAGAAAGGGAGCCAAGAUGGCUGCCGCCCUCUUCUCCCUCUGCCGCUGAUUGACUGAGAGGCCUGCCUAUUACAUGGCCUUGCCCUUCUCCACCAGUCAGUGGUGAGGGGUAGAACUGCAUGAACUGCUCUCUCAGCCAGUCAGCAGGGAGGGGCAGGGCUGCCGCCAGGGCCACUUGACCAGUUAGCAUUGUGGGGAAGGCCUUGCUGCAAAAAAGCAUGAAAAUGGUGACAAGCGCUGUGAUCAGACUGCAAAAUUGCUUGCCUGUCUCCUUGAUUUCGUUAGGUUUCUAAUUAUAUAGCCCACAGAUUCUCUACCAUACUCACAUCGUACACUCUCUUACUAUGUAUUUGUGGUAUUUUGGGAUCUGUAGGCUUUUUAAUUAAAAUAAUCGUGUCUGUUUCAAACUUUUGUCUAUAGUAAGCAACAGAUUAAGUAUCAAAAAGAGUCUGCAGAAAGAAGGAGCAACAAACAUUCACUUUAAUGGACCGGAGGGCCUUGAAGUAGAUUAAAUAGACAAAAAGUAAAAGCUAAAGAGGAAAGAAAGUGGUGGUUUCACUCUUCUUGGGUGGGAUUUCCCAAAUAAUUGAUAUAGUUUAUUUCUGGGGUAAGGUGUGAUCCCUGUUGCAGGUGUGUUUGACAGAGGUAUUUACCAUAUAGGCUGCUAUGCUCUAUAUAUGAGAGGAAGAAUUGGAGAUGGAAUAUUGAUUAGCAGUCCCACUGAUGGUUAAAAGCUUGUGGUAAUACUUAUGCAUAAUCCUUUCUGGGACGCCAAAGUUGUAACUGGACUGUAGGAUCCACUAAAAUGGGGCUGUCCAGUUGGUGGACAUUGAGCCUUAUGGGUCUGAUGUGGCCGGUGGGCUCUUGUCCAGCUGCCACUCCCCUCAGUGUUUUUAAUGCAGCAACAAUUAGUGACUCUGAGCUCCCCUUCCCUCCCUGGAGGCUGCUACUGGGCCCCACUCCCAUUCAUGGGGGCUGGGGCAGCACAAUGCCGGUCUGUGCUCAUGCUGUGUGUUUGGUGGGGCAGGGGCCUGGGCUGCUUGAUGCAUGUGUGAGGGUGGAGAGCUGAACUGCUGGGCUGCACAUGGGGUAACCUGUCCCCCUUCCUUUCUGCACAGGCAGCAGAGGUAGAAGCUGCCUGCACAGCAGGGAAGCUGGUGUACCUGUUCUGCCUGUGCAGAAGGGGAGGGGGCAGGUUAUUCUCACUGUGCAUGUGGCAAGGGAAGGAGUUGAGUUGAUUGUGCAGCACGUGGCACUGGGGGUAGGGGCAGGGGUUGCCCACUCUGUGCACAUAGCUGGGAUCAGGGUGAGACUGCACAUGGCAUGGAGCCCCCUCUGCAGUCCACACACUGUGUGGCUCCCAGCUACAUUAGAGUAGUCUUGCUUCAGUAAACUGGUUAAUUAACUCUUAAAUUUAUUCCCUUGCUUUCAAAUCAUUUCCACAAAAUAGUUCCUUGUGUGAUGUGAAAUACAAAUACCACUUUCUGGCCACACUGUUUUCAGUAGCUACUAAAUUCACACAUUGGACACAAGUUGUUGAAUUUCCAUCAUAAUUUCAUUGUACAACUUCAGAUGUUGACUAGAAUGCCAAUAAUUGUUUUGUUCAAGUUAGAUUCUUGACUUUUAGGCCUCCUGAGAUUUACCAGCCUGGUUGCUUUUCAAUUGCCAGGAAGUUUUGAGAAAUCUUGUCUCUUUAUUUGCUUGCUUAUAUUUCAGUGUGUAAUGUUUAUCUUAUUUUCUCUGUUAAGCUCUUUUCACUCAUGGAAAUGAAACCACCUAUUUCCCGAGCAAAGAUGAUUCUCAUUACUAAAGCUGCCAUUAAAGCUAUUAAGCUCUACAAGCAUGUAGUUCAGAUUGUAGAGAAAUUUAUCAAAAAGUGCAAACCAGAAUACAAAGUUCCUGGAUUGUACGUUAUUGACUCUAUUGUUCGUCAGUCUCGUCACCAGUUUGGAACAGAUAAGGAUGUUUUUGGGCCAAGAUUCUCUAAAAAUAUAACCGCCACAUUCCAGUAUUUAUAUCUCUGUCCAUCUGAAGACAAGAGUAAGAUAGUUCGUGUUCUGAACCUUUGGCAGAAAAAUGGAGUGUUUAAAAUAGAGAUCAUUCAGCCUCUUCUGGAUAUGGCAGCAGGAACUAGUAGUACAGCCCCAAUGGCAGAAAAUACCUCUAAUAAUGAAGGUUCACCACCCCCUCCAGCAAAGGUUCCCUCUGAGCCACCUCAGGUUACUGCUAAUUCAGUACCUACUGUGCCACAGUUGCCCAGUUCUGAUGCCUUUGCUGCUGUAGCCCAGUUGUUUCAGACAACUCAAGGACAGCAGCUUCAGCAGAUUCUUCAGACUUUUCAGCAACCUCCAAAACCCCAGUCUCCAGUCAUAGACAACACUGUCAUGGCACAUGUUCAGGCUAUUACUGCUCAGUUGAAAACUACAGCAACGCAACCACCAGAGCAAAAAGCUGCUUUUCCCCCACCUGAGCAAAAAACAUCUUUUGAUAAGAAGCUGCUAGAUCGUUUUGACUAUGACGAUGAACCGGAAGCAGUGGAUGACUCAAAAAAAGAAGAUACAGCACCUUCUCCUUCCAUUUCCCAACCAGCCUUUGGAUUUCCAGGAGAAGGUAUGCCACCACCAGUAUAUCCACAACUCCCAAAUAUAGAUCCAUUUCAACAGCGAAUGAUGGGAAUGCAACAGGAUCCAAUACGCCACCAGGUUCCACUUCCUCCCAAUGGACAAAUGCCAAGUUUUGGACUUCUGCCUACACCACAGUUUCCUCCUAUGGCUCAGCCUGUAAUACCCCCAACACCACCUGUGCAGCAAACUUUUCAGACUCCUUUUCCAGUACAAAGCGAGCCACCACACAUGCAGAAAACACAUCAGCAGGAAAUGGAAGUGGAACAGCCCCCUGUUCAAGAAGGAAAGCGACAUGUUUCUGAUAACAGAAAGUCAAGAUCUAGAUCUGCUUCAAGAUCGCCCAAGAGAAGACGAUCAAGAUCUGGAUCUCGGUCUCGACGGUCACGUCAUCGUCGUUCUCGCUCCCGAUCUCGGGAUAGGCGCCGGCACUCUCCAAAGUCUCGAUCUCAGGAGAGACGUGAACGAGAGAGGGAGAGAGAACGCAGGUCAAAAGGCCUUCCUCAGAUCAAGCCAGAAACUGUUAGUGUUUGUAGUACUACACUUUGGGUAGGACAACUGGACAAAAGAACAACUCAACAAGAUGUUGGAAGUCUUUUGGAGGAGUUUGGCCCAAUUGAAUCUAUAAACAUGAUACCACCUAGAGGAUGUGCCUAUAUUGUAAUGGUUCACAGACAAGAUGCUUAUCGCGCCCUACAAAAAUUGAGCCGAGGCAACUUCAAAGUCAAUCAGAAAUCUAUAAAGAUCGCAUGGGCUUUAAAUAAAGGAAUUAAACCAGAUUAUAAACAGUAUUGGGAUGUAGAAUUAGGUGUUACCUAUAUUCCCUGGGACAAAGUUAAGCCUGAAGAUCUUGAAAGUUUCUGUGAAGGAGGAAUGUUGGAUAAUGAAACGCUUAGUCCAGAGUGGAAAGGAAUUCCCAAGAAAUCUGAGAAUGAAGUUGCUCAAAAUGGAGGUGCAGAAACCACACAUACUGAGCCAGUGUCACCAAUACCUAAAGCUUUACCUGUUCCAAUUCCUGUUCCCAUGCCUGCACCAAUAACUGUGCCUCCUCCACAGGUUCCGCCACACCCAUCCGGCCCUCCUGUAGUUGGUGCGCUCCAGCCACCUGCUUUCACUGCUCCAAUGGGAAUCCCGCCUCCUGGAUUUGCCCCUGGGGUUCCUCCCCCACCACCACCUCCAUUUUUACGACCUGGAUUCAACCCAAUGCAUUUGCCACCAGGUUUUCUUCCUCCUGGGCCACCACCACCUAUAACCCCUCCAGUUUCUGUUCCCGUAUCUGUUCCUCACACUCCGCCUGUAAACAUCCCAAACUCUACUGCGACUGGUGUAAGUGAAGACACUACAAAGGAUGCAUCUGUUGGAAAUCCUAUUCCAACAGUGGUUUCUGGAUCUAGAGGAAAUUCUGAAACUAGUGACAGUUCCAAAAUGUAUGCAACUGUUCCUCCACCAGUAGCACCGACUAAUGUACCUGCUCCUGCCAGUCAACCUAUGCCUGCUCCUGUCAGCCAACCUGUGCCACUUCUGGGUACUCAAGGAGUUGCACCACCACCUGCUCCUGUGGUUGGAUUACAGACCCCCUCUACUGGACUCCUUGGGGCACGGCCUGGUUUAAUACCACUCCAGCGACCUCCUGGAAUACCACCACCACCUCUGCAACGCUUUCCCUUGAUGCCACCACGGCAUAUGCCUCCCCAUAUGUUACACAGAGGUCCACCCCCUGGGCCAGGGGGCUUUGGCAUGCCUCCCCCUCAUGGAAUGAAAAACCCAUUUCCACCACCUGGCCCCUUUGUUAGGCCGGGCGGAGGGAUGUCAGGAAGUGGAGGAUCAGGUGGACCUGAGGAUAAUAGAGAUGGAAGGCAGUUUAGGAAUGAUAGGCAGACAUUCGGUUCUAAUAGAGACCAGGAAAGGUAUGGAAGGAGGUCUUUUGGAAAUCGGGUAGAAAAUGAUCGUGAGCGCUAUGGUAACCGCAAUGAUGACAGGGAUCAUGAGCGACUUGGUAAUCGUGAAAGGAGAGAAUGGGGAAGAAGAAGCCCUGAACGCGAUAGACACAGAGACUUAGAAGACAGAAAUCGACGGUCCAGUGGACACCGAGACAGAGAGAGAGAUUCUAGAGAUAGGGAAUCUCGUAGAGACAAGGAAGAAAAUCGAGGAAAGGAGAAACCUGAGCUGACAGACAGGGCAGAUGGUGACAACAACCAUGAAUCUCACAGUGGCAAAGUGGAAAAUGCAGACAUUGUUUCAGAACUUACUACGGGAGCAUCUGAACCCACAGGUGUAAAACCUAAUGAAGUGUUAACAUCUGAGGCUACCUCAUCUGUUGAACAAGCUGCAAAGGAUAUUGGCUCAGUUGUAGAGGCUCCUCGUUAGAGACUGGAAUUUGUCAAAACAUGACAGUGACAUUUAUUGGAGUGUAGAGCUUUAGAGUUGUACAUUAUGCUGUAUUAUAUUUGCUUCUGCUAUAUCACAGCCCCUCAGUAGUUGGUGGGGAAUUGUAAGCAAUUUGAUUGCUUCCCUUCUAUUUAAAAUAGCCACAACAUAACACAAGAUACUGAAGAUAUGAAUAAAAUAUUACCCAUUUUUGCUGUAACUUUUUUAAAGUUUUGACUUUAAAAAGUUUACAAAUCAGAAGUAGAAGUGCUUUCUAUUAUUUUUUUUUUAAUUUAAGAAAAGGUAACGGUGAAAGCUCCUCAAAACAAUAGGGAUGUGUUUUUAAUAAACUCUAUUUUCGUAACAAACUUUAACGUGUGCUAUUCUUCCUACACUGCACUGAAGUGGAAAAGGAUUGUUCAACAUCUUAAAGUUUGAACUGUUAAUGCUGUACUGGAGUCUAAAUUAGACUGUUUUGUUUAUAUUUGUUAAAAAAAAUACAUCUGUUUGUGUAGCUAUUCACAGAAGCAAAUUUUUAUUUGUAACAUGUUAUUUUGAUUUUAGAUUGCUGCAUUUUAAUGAUCUACUUGACCAUACUAGGUAAAGUUAGUGGUUUUAAAACGUUGUUUGAAGAGGUAAUUGUUUAGUGUUUGCAUUGCAAUCAAGGUUUUACUUUUUCCUCCAAUUGGUUCUGUGGUAAAUGUUGCCCUAAUUAACCUUUAAAAAAAAAUGGAUGAAAGUGGACACCCUCAGACAUAUUUUGUCUGCUCUGCUUGUAAUGUUAUAAGAUUAUUGUGUGAGAUGGGCUGGGGAAGCACACCAGUUCAGCAUCUUUUGUACUUGUAAUUCAUUGAUGCUUUUUGGAAAGUGGGUUGGGAAAAAAAAUCAAAGACAGCAAAUCACCAAUUUUAAAAUGCUAACCUAUUUUUUUUAAGUGGGGAUGAGAAGAGGGGAAUAUUAAAAGGAUUUUAAAAUGCUGCCUGUUCCUUCACAAAAAUCUAGCUAGUUACUGUUGUCUGUUAUAUUGUCUACCUCCUGUACUUUCAACAAGAGGUAGGUUAAAACUUAUCCACAUGGUGGUGUAUUUGUCAGACUAUUGGGGAAAAAAACUGCAUUUUCUUGUAUUCAUGUAAGUUUAACCAUACUCUCCAUCUGACUUAAACUAUUUUGUCAAAUAAACUAUACAAGAGCAAGUACUAGUUCAGUUAGCCCUUCAGGUGCAAACAAUUUGGAGAUGGCCACAGUAAAUUGAACCAAACUGUAAAACCCAGACAAAUUCUGUAUAUGGAAGUGCUCUUCACGAUUAACCUGCAUAAGAAAAUAAGGCUUAUGUUGGACAACAGUUUCAGUUUAUGCUUAUUAUAUUCUAAAAUACAGUGGGAAAAAUUCUGUGAAUCUUGUGCAUAUUUAAACAUGUUUUUCCUUGAGAUAGCUAUGCUUUACAUUUUAAAAGUUUUCUUUUUCUUAUUACGUGAAGGGCAGCUGCUUUCUUACAUCAGUACUUUUUUCAUAGCUGCUCUGCAGCAAGGGUAUUUUUUGGAGGGGAGGGGGGAAUAAUAGGGGAGUUAUGGCUGCGGGGAAAGGACAUAUAUUUUUAUGUUCUCACAAUAGCGGAAUAAAGAGAGAAAAAAAACCUGUUUACAUACUUGUAGUGAACUCAACUUCCAUGUUAAAAAACUUGUGUCCUUGAUGUUUGUUUCAUGCUGGGCCAGCGGAACUAACUUUUUAAUAGAGAACCAGAUGUAUUUAUGUCUAGGCUUAAAACUGUCUUAGCAAGAACAGCCAUAAUUCUGUGAGGAGGUAGAUUUUUUUUUUUUUUUUUGAAUGAAUACAUUUUAUUAAAAAAAUUUGAAGACAAGAAUGAAGGAGACAGGGGACUUAUGUAUUUUGGUUUGCAUAAAUUCCACCUUACAUUCUUACCAGCUCUGCUUAGGUAGGAUAUUGCAAAUAUCCAAAAAACCACUAGCAUUUUUUCUUUAAUUCUGCUUUCAUCCCUAUUUUUAUUGUUGCUUUGCCAAAGCUCUGACUAAGCACUAAGAUGUAUUCUCUUUUAAAUAUCACAUGCAAUUGCCAUUUGCUUUUUUACACACCAGCAACAUUAUGUAGAAUAGUGUCUCCUGAAAGUAGACAACUUUUACUUUUUUGGCUUGCUUCUUAAAACCAUAAUUAGUACACCCUGAACACAAACUUCUCUCAGGUGAAUAAAGCCCUUUUUAUAGGGCUUUGAAGUUUCCCUUAAACUGGAGGCAAUUAAUUGGUGUUGAUCACUGUUGUUUUGGAAUGAAGCAUUUCUAUAGGAACAUUAAGAACUGACAGUUUAAUACUGUUCUCUCCACAGUGUGAUUGAGAUUUCAGUUGAAUCAAAGUUUUUAGAUUUAUCAGACAUUUAAUGUAAUAACAAAGUUGUCUAAUUUCAAAGCAGGCACCUAUGCACUUGCAUAAAAGCAAAAUUUUAAUUAGACUAAUUGGGGCAGUGGUAUGGUACUGGUGGAUGCUGGUACUCAAGUAUAGCUGUAGUUGGUCUGUACUUAAGGCUAUGGCUUGUGCUUCCUGUUUGGGGAGGAGAACCAAAACUUCACUUAUUUUUAGAAGAGGCAACUAUCCUUCAGAUUUUUAAACUCAAGUAAGUUUUACUCUAUAAAAUGCAUUUUGAGAGGAUUGGUAGGAGGAUAAGAUGGUGUAUUUUCAUGCACAUUUUACUGAUGUUUAACAUCAGUUCUGAUGUUCAGAAUCCAAUCACUCCAAAGACAGGUUAAUCCACUGAAUGGCACAGGUACAUGGAAAUUGGAUAGGUGAUUCUUGGCCACAUACAACAAUGAAUGUGAGCAUAAUAUAUCUUUCACUUUCUUGUUAGAGCAACAUCAUUUCAUUACAUUGAAAUUUAAGUGUAUAAAGGGCUAUUGACUAUAUAUGUAAAGGAAUGCCAAGAUUCAAAUCUACUAAAGCUAACUUUUUUCUCCCAAGGAGACUUAAACCUCUGAUUCUGUAUAGCAGGAAUGAUUUAACCCUUUAAAGCUGCACAUUUCUAUUAGUCUGACAUGCUGCAUAGUGGAUAUUUCAUUAAGUUUAGCUGGUAAGGGCUUUCUGUUUAGUAUGUAUUCCUCACAGUAGUGUAAUCAUUUGUGCAUACAUUGAGACAUACUGAAUUAGCUGGCUUUGUCUGAAGUGACAGCUGUUUGCUAAAUGGGAGAGAGACUCCAAUUUCUCCCUGUAUCCAGAUAUGAAGAACUAUUAUAUAUGAGAAUGAAAAAUCUCCAAAUUCGUAUGUCCAAAGAGAGCUGCUAUUAUGUUCAAAUUAUUAUGUAUUUAAGCCAUGAAUGAUAAGAGAUGCUACAAAAUUACUCCCGCUACCUA